CCAAUCAAGACCAGAGGUCUUCUUGAAUCAGACAGAACGUCAGCUGCUUUGGGCUGGUGGGGACCGGUAUAAAUCCUGCGUUUCUUCAAGAAAACCUUUCCUUAUAGUCUGGUGUUAAGGUGUUACAUGGUGAUAUACUCACAACUAGACUUGGCUCUCUUUCUGGAGCGGAAAAUUUGAAGUCUUCCUAAACUCGGAGUUAACGAACUCCGAAUUUGGAUUUAGCCAAUUUACAGGAUUUUUCUGAGGGUCAUUGAAUGCAGCAUACGUUAACAACGAUGAGACCUCGCGAGACUUGGUGUGGCACAUCCCGGUACUUCCAUCAUGGCAGGCAGUAAGUUGGUGCUAGAAGGCAGAGUGAGUAUACAAAGCUUUAUUUUAGGCCUCAGCGUCGUCCUUAUCCCGCUCAUCAGAACCUGGUUCGGACAUCUGGACUGGGUCUUUGAUUAUCUGACGGAGACUCCCGGGAAAAUUGCAAUUUGUGUCCACAUUGCAGCUAUUAACGGCCUUUUGCUUGUCAUAUUCAGAGGACCCGUGUACAAGGUUGCUGUAAGAGCCUGCUUCCUGGGAGUUACUUUUGGCUGUGGAUUAAUAAUAAGCUUCUCUGACACCACUUGGACUCAUUUUGGCUGGUACAUGUGCUCCCUGUCAUUCUUCCAUUACUCGGAGUACCUGGUGACCGCUUUCAUUAACCCUCGCAGCCUGUCGCUGGACUCGUUCCUGCUCAACCACAGUCUGGAGUACACGCUGGCUGCUGUGUCUUCAUGGCUGGAGUUCACUAUGGAGAAGCUCACUGUUCCAGAGCUGAAGCAUCUAAACUGGCUCAGUGUGGUUGGACUGGUCAUGGUGCUGUGCGGGGAGGGGCUGCGGAAAGCGGCCAUGUUGACGGCCGGUUCUAACUUCAACCACAUCGUCCAGAAUGAGAAAGCCCAGAGCCACGUACUGGUCACCAGUGGGGUCUACGCCUACUUCAGACACCCGUCUUAUGUGGGCUGGUUCUACUGGAGCAUAGGAACUCAGGUCAUGCUGUGCAACCCCGUCUGCAUUGUGGGCUACACGAUAGCCAGCUGGCGCUUCUUCCGGGAGCGCAUAGAGGAGGAAGAACUCUCCCUCAUCCAUUUCUUUGCUGAGGAAUAUGUGGAGUACAAGAGGAAGAUUCCCACAGGGCUGCCCUUCAUCUCUGGCAUCCGUGUCAACUAAUCCCUGGACCUGGACACUAAGCCCUAAGCCUAACAGACUUAAAACUCCAAAACGGGUCAGACCUGGUGGUGAUGCGUUGUCUACUGUAGCAGCUGCCGCCCCCUGGAGGUGAAACCUGCCACUGGCUGAGAGCCUGAAGCGCCAACAGCCACAGAGGCAGCUGUGACGGCAGCAGGCAGCUGGGCUGCUGUUUUUCUACCAACCUCCAACAUCCAGUAUAGGAACAGAGAACCUCAGAUGUACAUGCAUUUCUACUCUUCCUCCAUCCAUCUCACCUGUUUCUGUCAGCAUGUUUUCACCAUGGUUACAAGUUCCCACCCAUCUGUUGCGCUUUGCCUGGUACCUUCGGUACCAUAUGUCAGAGUUGAGUUAAUGUAUUACAGAAAAGUAACAAUAUUCAGAGUUUUUGAAUAGAGGGAACCCAAUAAGGAUUUUUACCAAUCAGAGACAUUUAGGAUGGAGCAUCUGUUGAUACAGAGACUAAAUCUUGUAUUGCUUUUUUCUACAGCUCAUUCAUACUUUCUCACUGUUAAACCAAUAUCCAUAUUUCUAACUAACACCUCGGUUGCUCUCCAAGGUUGGAAAAGACUAUUGUUUAAUUUUAAAAUAUUUCUAUGAAAGCCAGGUUUUACCAAUUCCACUCUCAUUUUGAGCAUGUUUUGUUUUCUUGUUAUAUUUCUCUGUCUGUGAAAAUAUCUUUUUAAAAAUAAUAAACGAACCAGGAAAGGAUUUGUUCACUAUGACCAACCACAGAGAUUCUGGACCCCUAUAAAAACCACUUAAAAUGGUUCUGAAAGUCUGGCUGUGUGAACGGAGAAGAUAAACUAAUGUGGACCACCGUAGACAUGCUAGUUAAACUCCAUCAUAAGACCCUCUCUGUGAAUCCCUCCAGCUUUUCUUUUAGCUCAUGAUCAUUUCUAACAGACACAAGAACAGACUGAAGCAGGAAUAGUGAGAUUGCUGUAAAGGGACCAGGGGUAAAAGUUGAGAACUUUAGUAUUUUUUAGUCAUUUAUGUGUCAGAGAGGCUUAAAUGUGUAAAAGUAUCUUCUAGGUUUAUGCUUGCAGCAUAAAUAAACUUUCAGCUUGUUUCUUGUCGA